AUGUCGCCAGCCGUUGGAACCAGGAGGAAAUACCACAGCCCUAAUUUUGAAGGCGACAAGAGAUCUGCUGUUUUGACUCUGCUGUUGGCUGGGUAUUUGGCACAACAAUACUUGCCUUUGCCUAGCCCUAAAGUGAUUGGCAUUGACCUUGGUACAACAUACUGUUCUGUUGGAGUGUUUUUUCCUGGUUCAGGAAAAGUGAAGGUGAUUCCAGAUGAAAAUGGGCAUAUCAGCAUACCUAGCAUGGUAUCGUUUACUGACAACGAUGUGUAUGUGGGAUAUGAAAGCUUAGAGUUGGCAGAUUCAAAUCCUCAGAACACAAUAUACGAUGCCAAAAGAUUUAUAGGAAAGAUUUUUACCCCAGAAGAAUUGGAGGCUGAAAUUGGCAGAUAUCCAUUUAAGGUUUUAAACAAAAAUGGAAUGGUUGAGUUUUCUGUGACAAGUAAUGAGACCAUCACGGUCUCCCCAGAAUAUGUUGGUUCUCGACUGCUGUUGAAAUUAAAGAAAAUGGCAGAAGAAUAUCUUGGAAUGCCAGUGGCCAAUGCUGUCAUUUCUGUCCCAGCAGAAUUUGAUCUGCAACAGAGGAAUUCAACAAUUGAAGCUGCUAGUCUUGCAGGACUGAAGAUCUUGAGAGUAAUAAAUGAACCCACAGCAGCUGCUAUGGCCUAUGGUCUCCACAAGGUUGAGGUCUUUCACGUCUUAGUAAUAGAUUUAGGAGGAGGAACACUAGAUGUGUCAUUACUGAAUAAACAAGGAGGAAUGUUUCUAACCCGAGCCAUGUCUGGAAACAAUAAACUUGGAGGACAAGACUUCAACCAGAGACUCCUUCAGUACUUAUAUGACCAGAUUUAUCAAACAUAUGGCUUCCUCCCUUCUCGGAAAGAGGAGAUCCACCGAUUAAGACAAGCUGUGGAAAUGGUCAAAUUAAACCUGACUCUUCAUCCAUUGGCACAGAUGUCAGUAUUACUCACAGUGGAGGAAAAAGGCAGGAAGGAACCGCAUAGUGACACUGAACUGCCAAAGGACACAGUUUCCCCACCAGAUGGCCACCAUGUGGACAAUACACUUGGAGCUGGCCUGUCUGAAAAGAGCGGAGAAAAUCAGGUUUUAUUUGAAACAGAAAUAUCACGGAAACUCUUUGACACCCUUAAUGAAGAUCUCUUCCAGAAAAUACUAGAACCCAUUCAACAAGUAUUAAAGGAUGGCCACCUGGAAAAGACUGAGAUUGAUGAGGUGGUUUUAGUUGGGGGCUCUACUCGUAUUCCCCGAAUCCGCCAAGUCAUUCAAGAGUUCUUUGGAAAGGAUCCCAACACAUCUGUAGACCCUGACCUUGCAGUGGUCACAGGAGUGGCUAUCCAAGCAGGGAUUGAUGGAGGCUCUUGGCCUCUCCAAGUCAGUGCUUUAGAAAUUCCCAAUAAGCACUUACAAAAAACUAACUUCAACUGA